AUCUAGGAUGGGCAUACUGUUCAUAACUUUAUCUACAAUACUUCUAAAUUUAGUAGAUUCAACGUUUUACUGUAAUUUCUCUCCAGAUCCAUGUUCUUCUUCAAAUACAUUAUUUGAGCCCUUCGACAGAACAAGGAACUGUGUAUUUGAUUCUAACUACUCACCAUGUGACAGAUACCUAACACCAGGAUGGUAUAAAUCAGAUGAUCCGAUACUGAAUCAAUGCCCUCCACUGAACAAAUGCGGGACACUUUAUCCUGUCUGGCUGAAUGAUUCCUUACCUAAUGCUGGAGAUCCUGUUACUACUAAGAAACUUUGCAAAACUGGAUUCACUGACUGCUGUAGCAAGGAAUAUGAUAUCCAAAUAAAGAACUGUGGGUCGUUCUACGUUUACUGUCUUCCUGCGUUAGACUCCUACCCGGAAAGAAUUUGUUUUGGAACAAAUGGAUCUUGUGAAUACCCAGUCACUACUACAGCUCAGAAUGAUGCAAAACUGUCUAACGAAUACAAACAACUAGAAGAAAAAUAUAUAGGCACAAUAUCAGCAGUGAUCGUCCUUCUUUGUCUUUUGUCUUUGGUUACCGCAAUCAUCUUCUACUACAUAAUGAACAAAAGGAAGUGAGAAUGUGAAGUCAAACAAAGUGCUCCUGAGAUACGCAAGAAACACGGUGAAAACGUGGCUGUAUUUACUAUGGAUGGACCAAACAAGGACCGUGAUAAUAGAAAUAUUCCUGACAUCAAUUUUCAAACAAUACAUGUUUCAAAUUAAUAGAUAAGGAACAGAUAUAAACUAAAAUGGUAUUUCGAUAAAGUCCAAACAUCAAUUUAUUUCGUGCACUGUGUAUUUUAGUU